AGGCUCCGCCCACAGCCCGCGGGGGGGCGCCAAGCUCCAUGUGCGCCCGCCGCCGCGUGACGCGCUCCCUCUCCCCCUCCCCACCCGCGCCUCCACUUGCGAGUUUGACAGGACUUUCGACGGGGCUUUUUCCCCCGCAGCUCCGCGGAGGAGGGAGCAGCAGCAGCAGCAGCAGCAGCAGGCGCCUCUGCAGCCCCGGCCGUCGUCAGCCCCGGCUCCCCUCGCCUGGACCACUCCUCCGUCCGCGCGGCGGAGAAGCAAGGAAGCCGCGCUCCCCGCAGCCACUGCCGUGCAGACGACCACCGUCACCAGCAGCAGCUCCUCGCCGAGAAUGUCGGAGCCCAGAGCCCAGAGGGGGGCGGCGGCGGCGGCGGACAAGGAGUCCCAGAGCCCGGUGGCCCAGCUGCUCUUGGGGCUGCGUUGGGGCCGCUUGGAGGAGCCCCUGGGAUUCAUUAAAGUGCUGGAGUGGGUUGUACAAGGUUCCAUUUGAUAUGCCAGACUGUAUUGAAGGAUCUGCUGCUAAAAGGACGCUGCAUCUCUUGGGAGACUUUUCAGCACCUGCUGAGUUCUUUGUGACCUUGGGUGUUUUUUCUUUCCUGUAUACCAUGGCAGCUCUGGCAGUGUAUCUACGGUUUCACUCACUCUACAAAGAAAAUAAGAAGCUUCCUUUUGCGGACUUCUGUGUCACCGUCUCAUUUACCUUUUUCUGGCUAGUGGCAUUUUCAGCUUGGGGCAAAGGUCUGUCAGAUGUGAAAGGAGCUACGCGGCCUUCCAGUCUCAUUGCUGCCAUGUCAGUGUGUCAACUCAAAACUGCUGUAUGCAAUGCUGGGGCCACACCUUCUAUGGGCCUGGCCAACAUCUCUGUGCUGUUUGGUUUUGUCAACUUUAUACUGUGGGCUGGAAACUGCUGGUUUGUUUUUAAAGAGACCCCUUGGCAUGCUCAGACCACCAACAAGGAAAGCUCUGCUGAACAAGGAGCUGUUGAUAAGCAAUAAGGAACCUCUCCUCCUUCACUCCUGAAGCCUCCUCUUCCCCCACCAGGAACAGUGCCUUGUCUCACGUACAUGCUCAUCCCAUUUCACAGCAGGGCAGGAAAUACGCCUUCUCUGCCAAUUGUUGCUGCUGUCCAAUAGUCAUACUGGCAUCUCUCUCUCCUGACUAUUCUGGAAUGCCUUCCUCUGGCUGAAAUCAGGGGUCCUCUUGUGGUCCUAGAUACAAAGACUGUACAUGGUUACAAACAAACAAAAACCUCUUCUGCCUUCAGAUUAUUUUUUUUUACAAACAUAUACUAUUGUGCAUUGUAACAUUGGCUACGACCAGUCCUAGGGUGUGUGGCAUUGUUCCUUCCCAUCUGCUUCUGACCACUUUAUAAUGAGAAAUGCAGGUAGAUUUGGAUAACAGCAUAGAGAUAACCAAGGCAUUAGUGCUACAGAACCUGGGACAUCUAAGCACCUUUGAGAGUAAGUACACCUUCGACUCUGCAGCCGUAAUAGAAGCAGAAGCGGCAAUAUGCCACCUGGCUUAGCAGCAAAAUAAAGGAGAAAUACAAAGGGAAUAUUUUUACUUCCAUACAGUUGAAGGAAGGAGUGUGUUGCGUUUCUCUCUGUUGCAUAAUGGGGUAUGAAUGUGCUAAAUAUCUCUCUGCUUCUCUUAAAUUCAGUUGGAUGAAAGCUGGAGCUGCUGUUUGCCCACAGAUGGGUUGUUCACUCUUGAGCAGCAAAGUUUUGGUGCCUUUAUUUUUUUCCUCUCAGGUCACACACAGAUGUAUACUAUGUCCAUAUUGAGCCACAAGUGCUGACUCCCACCAGCAUGAGCUGAUCGGCAGCUUUUGGUCUCCACUUCCCUGUGUUUUUUUGUGUAUAGUGGAGGCAAACAGAGGAUGUAAACCCUGGACACCUGUUUCAGUGUCUUCUGAGGUCCUGUUCUAUUUUUAAAAUACAAUUUUUUAAAAUAUGAAAACCUAGAGGAAUUUUUUCUCAGCUUCUAGGAUAGUUUGAUAUAAAACUUGGGCCCAAGAGGCUUGGGGCAUUUGCUUCUGGUUGACAAACAUGCAGGGGAAGGGUGGGAUUCUGUACAACUUGUUGUUUUGUUGAGAAUAUUUGUGGUUAAUGACCUUAGUUCUGGCCUCUGAACACUCUGGUAACAGGAACAGAUGAGCUGUCAAGUUUGUGGUGUGGAUUGUUUGUCAGUGAAUUCAUGUAUGCCACUAUCUCGGGCCAACGCCCGUUUAACUCCAGUGUGGCAGUAGGCAGCUGCUUGUAGAUUUCUGAUGGAGGCUUGAGGCAUCCCAGGCCUCCAAGUGAAGAUGAGAAUCUUUCAGGAAGGUUCCAGUAUCCCUGGAUGUCCCUCUAACAAAUGAUGGGACCACCAGUUUAGGACAGUAUUGAAUCUGACAUUUUUAAAUCACAGAAACUUUUUGUUAUUGCGUAUAUGAAGCGGAUACUUUCAGGUGAAGAGAGCUGUCAUAUUUUCUUCCCUUUUUUGAUCAUGCCGUUGACAUAAACAAGGAACUGGAGCCUGGCCUGCCAUUUACUCCAAACUCUACUAGUUGCCUAUUUUCUAAAACAUAUAUGGGUAAAUAGAAAUGAAGCACCCCAAAUCUUUAAAUCCCUGUGCUUCCAUGUGUCUAAUAUUGGAUGGGGAAAACUAGUUUUUUGGGAGGUUGGGGUGUAGCAGGUUGCAGGGUGAGUUCUUCUAUGCUGAUUAAAUCUUUCAUAUCAGACCUUGUUAGGUCUUUGACUUUCUCUUAUUUCCUUAUUCUCUUUCUCCUCCUUGUGCUGAGAGAGAGGAAUUCUCUCCUGCAGAAGGAAAAAUAUUAAUGGUGCUUCAUGAGGUGUGGGACCUCUACGCUAAGAAGACCCUCUUUGUACAUUUUGUAAUUUUCUUCUUCCCUAGUUUAAUUAUUGCCAUUGCCCCAGCAUUACAGAACAGCAGCCUUUAUGGAAUCCUCUGGCAUGUCUGCAGUCAAGCGACAAAGACUGAAGCAUACAAUCAUCCCUUGUGUUGCAGUGUCCAGAUUUUCUUGCAACAUAAGGGCUGGUACAAUACAAAAAGAAAGCUGACUAGCUAGAAGGAGGGCGGUUUUUCUCCAGUUUUCAGUCCAACUGUCUUUUAGGAGGACUUUCCCCAGUGAUUCUUUUUUAAAAACCACUCACCGAACAUCACCAUUCACACCAUGUUUCUGGCCACAAGCUACUACUCCAUAAUUGUAGGCUUAGGAAUCAGCUUCUGGCAUGGUAGUGUUUUCCAUAACUGACCAUUACAGUCACUGUAGCCCUUGAGUGUACAAACAUAUCAACCCUCCAUAUCUCCCCAAGUUGGGAUACGUGUAUCUUGUAUCACGUUUGUGUCUUAUAGGGAUAUUUUCUAAUUUCUUAAAGAUUUGUCCAAGGUCCUCAGCUAGUAUAAAUUGACAGUGCGUGGUGCAUACCAGCUGAAAACCUGACCUUUGUGUUUAAGCCGUGGGCAAAGCCUAAAGAAUGCUGCUUCAGACAUGGGAAACAUUCUAUGUAGACGGAUACUAGAAGCAGGAAUAAAGGCCUCAGUAAUAGUUCCAGGAAAAGAAAUGGUAAUUGUGUACCAUUGAUCAUGCAAAUCACUUUCCACACGGCCCAAGUUCCUGUGAGUUUGUUUCUCUCUGUAUUUAUCUAUAAAUCUAUGUAUAAGAGAGAUAAUAUAUAGGGUAGCCUUGUAGCACUACAUUUGGCACAGCACAGGAGAGGGCUGUUGGGAGCAGCUGAACAGACAGCAGGUGCAGGAUAUUUCACACCCUUGUGGGUUUUCUACUUUUUUUGGAUACACCCGAUGCAUUGAAACCACAGUUAUCCUGUAUGACUAACUCUCUCAGACUCCUAGCUGCGUAUUAGAUGUGACACAUCCCUCCUCUGUGAUGGAGCCCCCACAAAACAGACUUCAAGCAGAUGACUGGGGACCAGCAGAACUUGUGAUUGGAAGAAGGGGAAGGGUCAGUCUCGGCUUGUACUAGCUUUGCAUUUUGUGGCCUAUGAUUCCCCCACACAUUUGUUUUGAGUAGGGGUGAGAAAAGAGCAGGUGUGGAAUCUGUACAAGAGCUCUGUGUGAGAAGUGUGGUUAGGGAUGCUCAAUGAAGGGAAUGCCAAAAAUAUACUCUGUCCUGUCCUGAAAAUGCCACCAUGUGGAGUAGAGACCAGCAGCCCUGGGCAUGGUCUCCCAGUUCUCUCAAUCAUUUCCUCUUCUAGUGGCAGUAUGUUGCAUGUUUUUCUCCUUUCCUGACGAUUGUUAGUAUGGUUCUAAUAAAGUGUCGAGAGAGUUUGCUCUGAGGGA